GAUAUUAAAAUCAAGAUGGAAAGCAGCAGUGCUAGAGAAAACUUGCAGAAAGUUCAUGAUGAAGCUAUCGCUUCUACACACUUAAAGACCCUUCUCUCUGAUGAUGAGAGGAACUCAAAGCUUGUUGCAGAGCAUGGGGAUAUCACCCUCGAUUAUACUCAUACAAAGAUAGAUUCACAAACUUUGGAAGCUUUGGUUGAUUUUGCUAAUGAAUCUGGGCUAAAAGCCAAGAUCGAUUCCAUGUUCAAAGGAGAUAAAAUUAACAGCACUGAGAAAAGAUCUGUCCUCCAUGCAGCUCUUAGGAUGGCAAGAGACCAAACUGUGGAGGUUGAUGGCAAAAAUUUAGUUGAACUUGUUUGGGAGGUGAGAGACCAAAUCCAAGCAUUCUCCCAGAAGAUCAGGGAAGGAGAUUUCAAAGGAUACUCAGGGAAACUGCUUAAGAAUGUUGUGGUCAUUGGAAUCGGAGGAAGCUACUUGGGUCCAGAGUUUGUAUAUGAGGCUUUGAGAUAUGAUUCAACAUGUAACCAAGCCGCUGAAGGAAGGAAUUUAAGAUUCCUAGCUAAUGUAGAUCCAACUGAUUUUUCUAGAAGUAUGGAAGGACUAGAUAUUGAAGAAACAGUGUUUAUUAUUAACUCAAAGACUUUCACCACUGCUGAGACCAUGCUGAAUGCUAGGACUGUGUCUGCAAGCAUUGUUGAUCAUUACAGAGCCUCUCAUCCUGAUGUUGAAAAAUCUGAAUUCAUCAAGCAUCAUGUCAUUGCAGGAAGUACCAACAUCUCUGCAACUAAAGAAUUUGGAAUUGCUGAAGAGAAUGUCUUCGGAUUCUGGGAUUGGGUAGGAGGAAGAUACAGUGUCUGUUCAGCUAUUGGAGUCCUUCCACUUUCUAUCCAUUAUGGCUACGAAAAUGUUAGCAAUUUCUUGGAUGGAGCUAAAUCAAUUGACGACCACUUCAGAGACACAGAAGAUCUGACUCAGAAUCUUCCAGUAUUACUAGGAAUGCUGGGAUAUUACAAUACCUCUGUCUGAAAUCAUGCUGCUAGAGCUUUGCUUCCAUAUAGCCAGGCUUUGUUAAGAUUCCCAGCUCAUAUCCAACAAGUGGAUAUGGAGAGCAAUGGAAAAUCUGUCACCAAAGAAGGAGAAAGAGUGACUAGCCCUUGUGGACCAAUAGUUUUUGGAGAGCCAGGAACUAACGGCCAGCACAGCUUCUACCAAUUAAUGCAUCAGGGAAGAAUCAUUCCAGCAGAGUUUAUUGGAUUUAUCGAAAGCCAAACUCCUAUUGAUAGAGAUGAUGAAGUAGUCUCAAAUCAUGAUGAAUUAAUGUCAAAUUUCUUUGCUCAGCCAGAUGCUCUAGCAUUAGGAAAGGACCUCGAUCAGUUGAAAGAUGAAGGUGUUCCUGAAGAACUUCAACAACACAAACUUUUCGAAGGAGAUAGGCCAUCUCUUAGCAUCUUGUUCAAAAAAUUAGAUGCCUUCUCGUGUGGACAGCUUCUUUCCUUAUAUGAGCAUAGAAUUGCUGUAGAGGGAUUCCUCUACAAUGUAAACAGCUUUGAUCAAUGGGGAGUCGAGCUUGGAAAAGUUUUAGCCAAAGAUGUCAGGAAGGUUUUCCAUACUCAAAAGAAAGAGAAGAAGGAGGCAGAUCUGUCAAAAUUCAACUCAGCUACAGCAUCUCUUCUUAAGAAAUAUCUGGGAUAAGCUGAAUUAAGCUCUACUCUUUAACUUAGUUGGAAGAUUCACCAAAAU